GCGGGGGGGGGGGUUUCUAGAUCAGCUGUGCGGGGUUUCCCCCCUGUCCCGAAGGUGAGAACACCGAAGGGAAUCCCCGUCAGGCCGGGCCUUGGAGACCGGAGCCGCACAGCCCCUCGCGGGGAGACCCCAAAGCCCUGAGCAGGGAGAGCCACCGGCCUGGCGCAGCGCGGGGCCGGUUGGACAACAGAGAGACCCGCCCCCAUCCCAGAGCAGAGACAUGGAAGAAAAUCCCCAUAAAUGUUCUGACUGCAGGAAAAGCUUCAAGCAGAGCUCGACCCUGAGGAGGCACCAGCGAACCCACACGGGGGAGCGACCCUACAAAUGCCUCCAGUGCGGGAAGAGCUUUGCCGACAGCUCCAAGCUCCUUCGCCAUCAGAGGAGCCACACGGGGGAGCGACCCUACACGUGUGCCCAGUGUGGGAAGAGCUUUGCCGACAGCGCCAAGCUCCUAGAGCACCAGCGAACCCACACGGGAGAGCGACCCUACAAAUGCCCCCAGUGCGGGAAGCGUUUUGCCGACAGCUCCAGCCUCCUUCGCCAUCACAGGAGCCACACAGGGGAGCGACCCUGCAUGUGUGCCCAGUGCGGGAAGAGCUUUGCUGACCCCUCCAACCUCCUACGCCAUCAGAGGAGCCACACGGGGGAACGUCCCUACACGUGUGCCCAGUGUGGGAAGAGCUUUGGACAAAGCUCGAGCUUGAUGAAGCACUGCAGGGCCCACACAGGUGAGAAACCCUACAGGUGUGAUGAGUGCGGGAAGAGCUUUGCUCAGACCUCCAACCUCCUGGAACAUCAGAGGAUCCACACGGGCGUGAAACCCUACAAAUGCCCCGACUGUGGGAGAAUGUUCUGCCAUAGCUCCUCGCUGACAGGCCAUCGGAGGGUCCACACUGGUGAGCGACCCUACAAAUGUGUCAUCUGUGGGAAAAGCUUCAGCCAGAGGUCCAACCACACCCAGCACCAGCGGACCCACACGGGGGAGCGACCCUAUACAUGCGAUGAAUGUGGGAAGAGCUUCAGUGUUCGCUCCAGGCUUGUUAUGCACCAGAGGAUCCACACAGGGGAGUGACCCUAUAAAUGUCCCAACUAUAGGAAGCGCUUUAGCGACUGGCCAAAUUUCACAAGACAUCUGAAGACGCAUACCCAGGAUGGGCCCGAGAAAUAAAUUUGGAAGAAAGCUUUAUUUGGAGCUCAGACCUUGGUGGUGAGAGCAGGGCUCUUGGAUUAUCAGGACUCCUGGGUUCUAUUCCCAGUUCUAGGAAGGGAGCGGGGUCUAAUGGGAUAGAACAGCGGCAGGGAUGAACGUUGGAGCUCCUGUGUUUUAUUUCCUACACUGGGAGGGAAGUGGGGUCUAGUGUGUUAAAACAGGGGGCCAGGAAUCAAGACACCUGGAUUCUGUACCCUGCUGUGGGAGUGGGGUCUAGUGGGUUAGAGAAGGAGCUGGGAGUCAGGAUGGCUGGGCACCAUUCCCAGCUCUGGGAGAAUGUGGGGUCUACUGGUUAGAGUGGGGAGGGCAUUUCAUUACUUUCCUAACCUUUUAGUUUUAUAAACACCAUUGCUAGGUUACCGAUGAGCCCUAAUGUUCUGUGGCCAUGGAAAAGGCAAACACGAUCCCAGGAGGUAUCAGACAAGAUACUUCCAGUAAAGGUUCUUCUCAUCCCAAACCAUCUUUGGAGCCCCGGGGAGCAACACAGCGUCUCCAUUCAUUCCUGUCCUAGAAAAGUUGGUCUGGAAGGGACCUCCUGAGCUCAUCUAGUCCAGGCCCCUGCGCUGAGGAAGGCCCAAGCCUAGCCAUGGGCCGUGAGUUCUGUGGGCCCAUGGUGCCUGGGCACCAGGAAUAUUCCUGGCCUAGGGCCCGGCUCCAGCGAUGUUUGAGGCCGGGUCUCUCCCUCGGCCCCGCUUUCCGCCACCGGGUGCUCCCCCCCACCCUCACGUCCCCCAGCCGAUUUCAAAUGGCCCAGGGCCCCCACCCAUCACAGGCAGCGCACCGGAGCUGAGCGGUUUCCUGCCUGCUCGCUCCACAUGGCUCUCCGCCCCUCCUUGCGGCCCCGGGGCAGGGUGGGUCUGUGUCUAUGCACGCUGCUCCCGCCCCAAGCGCCCCUGCGGCCAAUAGGAAGCUGUGGGGGGCAGUGCCUGGGGGUAGCAGCACGCGGAGGCCCCCUGGCCUGGCCUGCCCUGCCUAGGAGCCCCAGGUCAGCGUCACACCCUCCCCACACAGAGUCUGCACCCCCUCCCACUUC